CUCUGCAUCUUUUAUUUAUUGUCAACUGCGGUUCUCUAGCAGAGGCCAUUGUUUACCAUUUCUUGCUUGUUAUCAACUGAUUUAGAUACCUCUGACAAGAUGGAUUUACUUGGGUCUAUUCUAAACUCUAUGGACAAGCCACCCACUGUGAAUAGUCAGAAAAGCAGUUUGUUAAAGAAACAGAAAGAAGAAAUGUUAAAAAAACAAAAGGAGGAUCGAGCUCGACUACAAGCCUUCCGACGAGAUAUUGAAGAGAAAAUUAACAAAUUCAUCCAAAAUGACUCCUUGCAAAAGUACAAGUUUGACCCGAUGGACAAAGUAUUCCGCAGUAUUGUGCAUGAUGUGGCUGAAAUUGCUGGAAUUGCUGCAUUUUCUUUUGGCGAAGAGGAGAUUGACAGAGCAGUGACCUUGUACAAGAAGGAAUUUGCACCUUGCGAUGAAGAGCUUGCUGCCUUGCGGAGGGGAGAAGAAUGGGAUCCCCUCAAGGCUCAGGCUGAUGCUGAGAGAAAAGAAAAGGAAGUGCAAGAAGAGAAAGAGGCCAGUCGUAAGAGAAAAUCAGAUGUAGUGCCAGCAAGUAAUUAUCAAGAGAAAUAUCAUCACCUCAUAGGAAAAGAGGCUGCCCUUGAUGCUGCUCGAGUUACUCAAACAAAUAAGCAGUAUGGCUUUGUUCCAAGUGCCAACAAGAAGGAUCAACGAUCAAUUGAGCAAACUCUUGCAGAUAUACAAUCCAAGAAAAGGAAAAAAUUAGACCAUCCUGAUGAACCAUCAUCAUCUACCAGCAAUGAAGCAAGUGGUAGUGUGCAAUAAUGUUGUAAUGACUUUUAAAGAAGAUUUCUCCCUCCGUUGAUUUAACUUUAAUUUGUACAUAGCUAGUAAUUUAAUCAGUUAUUUAAUUACGAUUCCCACUGCUGUAACUUUUUAGGAGCAGAAUAUCUACAUGUGAUACAGACAAGCUUUCAAGUCCCCUGUUUUAAAUAGAGCAUUUACCUGUCCCUGUGCUCUUUAUUUGGUAAGGUCCAGAUGAAAUGCAUGUACAAGUGUUCUGCUGACAAAGGAAAAGGUGUAUUAAACUGCAGUGUUUGAA